ACCAUGCCAGCUCGAUACAGUUGUAUGAAGUGCCAGACCGACAGUCACAGUUACCUGUACUGCCCUGAAGUGACAUGUCUCGAGUGUCACACUCAAGGUCACCGUCACUAUGUCUGUCCGAAGAUGAACAGUCAAGAGAAGGGCCCAUGUUACAACUGUCAAGUCAUGGGUCAUUUCGCUGCAGAUUGCCCAGAACCCCGUCGAAAGAAAACGUCAGCAGUCCCGUCAACGUCGACAUCCGUGACACCCGUGACACCCGUGACACAAGUGCUUCAUCUCGUAGAAGCCAUGCAUGUCGAUGUCCUCGACCUAAAAGAAUGCAUCACACAACUCCGUGUGGGCAUCACACCUCGUCUAGAGAAAAGAAAACGGGACAGAAGCCUCUCAAGAAAACACGCUUCAAAGCGCCGACGACACCUUCAGUCCGAGGAUGAGAUGGAAGUAGAGGAUGAAGAAGAUAGAUCAUCUGAACAAGUUUGUUUUCCAACGGCCCUUUUCAGGGCCACCCAUCUCUCCCGAAACUUCUAUGAUCAGCUUGUAUCAACAGCUUCUAUGAUCAGCAUGUAUGAACAGCUUGUAUGA